AUGUCACCUAGAAAAACUGACAUAACUAAUAAACGAUCAAUAUUUUCUGCUGAAGAAAAACGAAAUAUUAUAAUUUAUAUUUUUGGAAUUAUAGUUUAUAAAUUCGGAUUAGAAGCAUUUAAUGGUUCGAUUAUUACUCUUGCUACGAAUCGUUUUGAUCAAGAUGCAUUGAAAAAUCAAAUACCACCAAAUACAUUUCAAAAAGUUGGAUUAGUUGCUGGUUUGAAUCAAGCAUUACAAUGUUUUGGUGCUAUACUUAUUUCUCCUCUUAUUAAACAUUGGCCUACACGAACUGUCUUAUCCAUUGCAAUUUUUAUUUUUGCGUUAUUUACUGCGAUCUUAAUUAUUCUUGAUUCAGCUACUGGUGGAUAUAUAAAACCAAGAAAUUUUAAUUCAACUAACAAAAAUGAUUUUAGUUACUAUGGUCAAUAUAAAUCUGAUUGGAUUAUAUUAAUAUUUGGCAUUACUGGUAUUGUUUAUGGAACAGUUGAAUCAAUUCAUCGUGUUAUUCCAACAGAUAUUGUUGGUAAUCAUGUUGAAAAAUUACAAAAAUUUGAUGCAUUAGUUCAUAUUUUUUAUGCUAUUUCUGGAACUAUUGGAGCGUUUGUUACUGGGCUUAUCCUAAUACCAAAACUUGGAAAUAAUUAUGCUAUUAUUAUUACACCAAUUUUAUUUACUGCAUCAGGAAUGAUAUGGUUAUUUAUGAGUUCUCUUAAGAAAAAAAGAACUAAACAUAAUGAUCAAAUUAUUUCUAAUAAAAAAAAAUCAAAAUCAAAAUCAAAUUAUUUUACAAUUAUUUUUAAAAAACUUAUUGCAUUCGGACAAUCAAUAUAUAUUGGAGGAAAAAUUAUAUUUACUAAUCGACAAUAUAUUUGGUUAUUUAGUUGUUAUUCAUUAACACUCUAUGCUCAUCGAUAUCUUGAAGAUGGACUUGCUCCACAAGUUGCUAAAAGAUAUUUAGGUAAUUCUGCUUGGUCAGAAAUCAUUAUAGGUGGUUCGAAUUUUGGAGAAUUACUUGGUUCUUUUUUUAUUUUAUUUCUAUCUAAAUCCAUUCGAACUCCUAUACCUUGGUUAAGAUUAAGUGCAUUAUUAUUAUUAAUCAUUUGGUAUCUGCCAUUUUUUAAUCCUCCUGUUAAUAGUAUUAAAUUUGCUUGGAUUGUCGCUCUAACGUUUAUUCCAAUAUCGUUUGGAUGGGCUGCUAGUGAUGUUGCAAUUGCUGCUCAUAUACAAUCAUCUAUAACACGUCUUGAACCUUUAUAUGAAGAUGUAUCUGUACUUGGAGCUGUUAUGUCAUUUCUUUAUUCAUCUUAUAUUAUUAUUUAUGCAAUUGCAAAUCCAUUUCUUGGAAAAUUUAUUGAUAGUGUAUAUAUUAAAAGUGGAACAAUACGGCCAGCACUUGUUUAUACUGCUGGUGUUCAGUUUACCGUUAUUAUGGUAAUUGUUUUAGCAUCAACAUUUAUUCCGCCAGGUGCAUUUUCAUUUAACCCUGUAAUAACUGAUGAAGAAGAAGAAACAUCUAGUAUAGAUGAUGAUAUUGAUAAUUCAGCUGUGUUGAUUGCUUGA